AUGAAGAAAUCCAGCUCAUCUUCUAGGUACUCAAAUGACUAUUUGAACUAUGACAUUCUGGUGAGAAUUUUUAUGACCCUCAGUACUGCAGAGCUACUUGUUGUCCCGCUGGUUUGCAAAUCUUGGAUGCAGGCUAGUCGUAGUCCUUCACUUUGGAAUAAGCUUGAUCUUACUACACUCCACUCUAGCAUUCACAACGUUCCGAAGAUACGAAAUACUUGGAAUGAUAUAUGUUCACAAAGAAAAUUGGAUUUACUCUUGAAGUUUGGUGUAAGGCUAGGCGGCGGUGGAAACAUAAGAUGCUUAAUAUUCAAUUACUAUGUUUACUUAAGUGACUUCCAUUUAAUCACUGCAGCUGAAAGGACACCAAAUCUCCGACGACUAGUUUUUCCAGAUUCAGGCUACCUAUCAAAAGAUGGAAUCUACAAUGCAAUGAGAUUAUGGGGAGGUCUUGUGUCAAUGACUAUUACCUCCAUUGUCAACCGUCCUUACAUGUUUUCAGCAAUUGGAAAAUAUUGCAAGAAUCUCUCUCAACUGAAAUUGACUUUCAACUUUGAACAACGUCAUGCUGAUGCCUUGGUUAAACACACCCCAAAUUUGAUGAUCUUGAGUAUCCGGGACGUAACAGUGAAUUUGAGAGCUUUGUGCCAUGUACUCAAAAACAUGGAACGUUUGCUGUUGGUAAAUAUAUGUCAUAGUAUCACCAUUUGGGAUAGACCAGAUGGUUCCAUUGUGCUUUAUGAGGUCAAAAGUUUGACGAAUCAUUUGAGCAUCUCCUGCCUGAAAAAGAUUAUCUCUUGUGAAGUAAAUGGGUUUUGCAGAUGUCAGAGGCCUAACUAUGAUCCAAGAAGGCAUCCAGAUGAAAAAUUUGAGGAUAUUUGGCGUUAUGAUGAAGUAACGUGUCUUGGAAUUGAUUAG